AUGCGAGAUCACGUCGACACCGUCAGCCACGGCGGCGUCGAACGCGGCGAGGAUGUCGGAAUCGUAGCAGUCGGCGUUCCAGCAGACUUUAUACGCAGCGAGGUUGCUGUGUUGGAUGGAUGGACUCCACCACGUACCACUGAUGAGAAUGGUGUAACAUAUCUCACACCCGAAAGUAGAUGGUCUGCUGAUGAAAGACUUAUCCCUCAUGAUAAUUCCAGAGCCUUGAAUGCUAUUUUUAUCUCUGUUGAUGUUUCUGCUUUUAGUAUGAUCUCUAAUUGCACAGAAGCUCUAGAUGCUUGGCUCAUUUUGCAGGAACAAUGUGAAGGUUCAGCAAGUGUUAGAGCAACAAAAAUGCGAAUGUUGACCACCAAGUUUGAGGUAUUGAGAAUGCGCGAAGAUGAGUCUAUCUCUGCAUACUAUGAGAAGCUGUGUGAAAUCUCAAAUGAAGCCGUUGGUCUUGGGGAACCUAUUAGCAACGAAAGGCUGGUCAGUAAAAUGCUGAGAUCUCUCCCUGAAAGGUAUAACAUGAAAAUUUCUUCCAUUGAAGAAACUACAGAUGUUGCUACCAUGAGAGUUGGUGAUCUGGUUAGCAAGUUGGUAACUUUUGAGAUGAAUCUUGAACAACAAAAAACUGAUCAUUUGUCUAAAAGUGUUGCUUUCCGUGUUGAAAAACCCUCUGUCAAUCCUGAUUUUACUAACAUGUCUGAGUUUACAGAUGUUGAUCAUGAGGAGAAAGAUGAUGCUAACAUUGCCAUGUUGGUUAAAAUUUUUAACAACAUGUUGAAAUCUUUAAAGAAAGAAAAAUUCAAAAGUGAUAAUAGAAAACCUUCUGGGAUGUCUGUUGGAUCUUCGUCCAACAUCACCAGUGUUAAGAAGAAUGUUGGAUCAACGUCAGAGGUAAGAAGUGUUGAUCACAUUCAAUGCAUGGGCUGUCAAGGAAUGGGUCACUAUGCAAAUAAGUGUCCCACAGUUGCAAGAAAAAGACAUCCUAGUCUUACUGCAACUCUGAGUGAUGACUCAGAUUCUGAGGAAGAAAUGGUUCUUCUUUUUGCUACGGUUGAUGAAGAUGAAAUUCCUGAAGAAGGCAUGAUUGGAGCCCUUGAAGAUCUUGAUGAUGAAAUUAGUCUUUCGGAUGAGUAUGUUGAAUCUGAAACUCUGAAUGUUGAUAACAAUGGUUCCAGCAUUGAUAGUGAUAUCGAUCUGUUUGUUGAGUCUGAAAUCAUGAAUGAUGUUGAUGUUACUAACACUGAUGUGAAUAUCUCUUCUGAAAAUGCUCAGUCUGGUUUGCUUGUUGAUAAAAAUGUUGUUGACAUGGAUACUGACUUUCAGAAGAUUGAUGGGAUGAAAAUACCUAUUAACACAACUAAUUGUUACCAGAAGAAUGUUGGCAACACUGGCAGAUUUGAUUUUAGUAGAUUGUUUGAUGAAAGGAAAAAGAACGAAAUCUGCAAUGUUGUUGUCUACACCUCGUUAAAUGCUAACAUUACUGAAAAUUGUUACUUUGACAGUGGAGGAAAAGUCACUUUCGGAGGAGGUGCAAAAGGAACAAUCUUGGGGAAAGGAGUUCUCAAUGUCACUGAUUUUUCUAAAUUGAAAGAUAUGUACCUUGUUGAAGGGCUUAAAGCUAACCUCAUUAGUAUUAGUCAGUUGUGUGAUGCAGGAAUGACUGUGGAGUUUGAUAAACAUCUCUAUGAAGUGUUUGAUGAUACCAACAGUCGUGUGAUGAUGGGAAAGAGGUCGUUUGACAACUGCUACAAAUCUCAAGAAGAAACCAUCUGCAAUGCUGCCAAACUUGAUGAUGUUGAGUUAUGGCAUCAACGGCUUGGACAUAUUAACUUCAAGAACCUUCAGAAGCUGCUCACACAUGAUGUUAUUCUUGGUCUUCCUAAACUGGAUAUCAAGAAAGAUGUUAAACUUUAUAAAGGUUCAGAGUUCAAUAUUGGUCAGAAUGUUGGCAGAAUUAGGACUGAUCAUGGCAAGGAGUUUGAGAACUCUUUAAUUGAUGAUUUUUGCACUAACAAUGGGAUUUUCCACGAGUUUUCAGCACCCAAAAGCCCUCAACAAAAUGGUGUUGCAGAAAGGAAUAAUAGAACCAUACAAGAAAUGGUGAGAGCAAUGUUGCAAGAAAAGAGUUUUUCCAAACGAUUGCGGGCUGAGGCAUUUGAUUCCAAAAGUGAUAAGGGACUUUUUCUUGGGUAUUCUGUGAAUAGUCAUGCUUAUCGUGUUUAUAACUUAAGAACAAAGACCAUUCAAGAAACUGUUAAUGUUGUGUUUGAUAAUGCUCUAAAUCUUGUUGAUAGAGCAGAGGAUGAAGAUAUUGCUGAGUUACUUGAGGAGUCAAAUGUUACAAGUCAAGCAUCUGACCAACAGAAAAGUGCCAGUGUUGAUACAACAUCUGUGCCCACGUCUGAUGUUACUUUUGCUAAGUCAACAUCAGAAGGAGAAACUAGUGAAUAUGUGUCAGACUCCAAAGAAGAACAGGGAGCCCGAUUUCUUCAUGAUCUCAUCAGACGUGAUCCUCCAGGUCAUGUUAGGAGAAAUCAUCCAAACUCUCUAAUCAUUGGAGAUGCUGCUAAGAAUGUUGUCACUCGACAGAAGAAGGAUGUUAAUUACAAAGAAAUGGUAAGGAUUGUUUGCAUGACUUCUGAUACGAUCCUUGCCGGACCGUUUAAACGAACACGCAAGCAGAAGACUUGA